GAGAAAAUAAGAGAAUCUCUACGUUUUGGGGUCAAGAUGGAGAAAAAGGUGGCUUUGGUGUUGUCGUUGAUGUUGCUUAUGUCUAUGAAGUCGGUGUCAGUUUCUGCUGAGGAGGCACCAACGUUUGGACAGAGGAUAGACGCAGCCACGAACGAUGUUACCAAGUUCUUCAAUGAACAUGCCGGUCCUGCCGUCGACACUGUCUCCUCCACUGCCAAAUCCGUCUAUAAUUGGUUUGGUGAUAAAGCUAAGGAAUGGGGUCUCUAG